CCUUAAAGCUCUAAAGAACGCUCUUAUUUUGUUCCCAUUUGCUAAGGAUGCUUGAAUGUGAUGAAAUCGCAUGGUGGCAGGUUAUGUGGGGGCUUAACAACAUUGCGAGAACGAAAUUGCUACAUGAUAUAAACCUUUUCCCGGGUAGCAACGGGGAUUUUAAUGAAGAUUAAAAGAGGUUUGUCGUAUGCUUCAACCCAUCUUAGCUUGUGAACCCCUUUGUGGGAUUCGUUUUAAGCCUCCACCAAUGUCCGCUCAAAGGAGGGGACAUCUCUGUAACUGGAUAUCCGAUAAUAGGAUCCAAACAUUAUGCGGUGCUACUAGAUAGCUGCAGCCAACCGCCUACACAUAUAGAUUUAGUUCGCCUGAUAUUUAUGCAGGAUAUUGUAGAUCUCAGCGGUAAGAUGCGGCUCGACGUCAGUUGAUAGUUUUGAGGGGAAACGCAUCGGUGCCCUAUGUAGACAAGUUUAAAGUAUGUUGCUGCCACCAGAAGAAAAUCGUAGCAAGAACCUGAAGUUACCAUUGAAGUUUUCGAACUUUGAUAUUCACAUAAAAAUGGCAGCGACCGAGUCAUCCUAUUCGACGCCUAAGUGAUGGAAAGAAGCCGUGGUUUACCAGAUAUAUCCCGCAAGCUUCCAGUGUCAGUGAAUCAUACCAGUAAUGAGCAUCCGUGGUUUCUCGAGAGCCGCGCAGGCAUCGAUAGUCCAAAGCGCAGCUGGUACAUAUGGCAGAAGCCGAAGAGCAUUGGCCCUGAUGGCGUACCAGAGCCGCCAAACAACUGGGCGCAGAUUCUAGGGGAGGCCAAUUCCGCCUGGACAUAUGACGAGAAAACCGGCGAAUUUUACUUAAGUCUUUUCACGCCGGAGCAGCCAGACUUGAAUUGGGAAAACCCUGACGUGCGGGCUGCUGUUUGGGAUGUAAUGCAUUUUUGGAGUGCAUCUGGUUUCCGAAUGGACGUUAUCAAUCUAAUAUCCAAAGUGCCUGGUUUUCCUGAUGCAGAUAUAGUAUUGGACCCUGGGCACAGGUACCAACCUGGGUCUAAAUACUUCGUUAAUGGACCGAGGCUACACGAAUUCCUACGAGAGAUGUACCGGGAGGUGCUGAGUAAGUACGACACGAUUACGGUCGGCGAAAUGCCCGGAGUCGGCGGCGAGAAGGAAGUCCUUCGGAGCGUCGGUGCCAAUUCUGAGGAGUUGAGGAUGAUCUUCAUCUUUGAUCUAGUUGAUAUCGACAAGCCGAACGUUAGAAUGGCCCUUAAGCCAUGGGAUGUCAAAGAGAUGAAGUCGAUUAUCACGAGGUGGCAGCGUGUUAUGAUAGAGAACGACGGCUGGCACUCGGUGUUCAUUGAAAACCACGACAAUCCCAGAUCAGUCUCACGAUAUACCGAUGACAGUGAUGAGUGGCGAGAAAAGGGGGCUAAGCUCCUUGCCCUAAUGCAGACCACUCUCGGGGGUACACUUUUUGUCUACCAGGGCGAGGAGAUUGGUAUCCGCAACGCCCCUACGACCUGGGACAUCUCUGAGUUUAAGGACAUCGAGACCAUCAACUACUGGAAGAAAUGCGAAAAGCUGUAUGCGGGCGACAAGGAGAAACUCGCCUACGGCCGCAAGGUAAUCGACAUGAAAGCGCGCGACCAUGCGAGAACGCCUAUGCAGUGGACCUCAGGGGAGAACGCAGGAUUCUGCGACCCGGGUACUAAGCCGUGGAUGCGAGUCAUGGACGAUUACCAAAAGGUAAACGUCGAGAUUCAAAUCAAAGCAGACGACCCCAAUGUGUUUUCCGUCUGGCAGUUCUGGCAAUGGGCUCUCAAACAGAGAAGAGAUCACGCAGACGCUUUCGUGUACGGAGACUUCCAAGAGCUGUCGCCCGAACACCCGGAGGUCUUUGCAUAUGUUCGUGCAAGUGUUAAGGGGGGUCGCUGGCUCGUCAUUCUCAACUUUUCCAAGAAAGAGCUUGAGUGGAUGCUACCAUCAGAGUUCGAGGUUGAGUCUUGGACUACGGGUAAUUAUAGGAAAGGUGCUCCUGAGAAACCGAAGCAGUCGGGUGUGUCUUUGAAGCCUUGGGAGGGCGUAUUGGGGAAGCUCAAAUAGCCCCUUAAGCCAUAAAGCGAGGGGAUACAAUAGCUCGCGAAUUAGGAAGGGUCGAGACAUAAUCGGUUACCUUUGGGAGAUAGUAUAUUAGAGUUAUCUCGGUAAUUGCCUUGGUUAAGUGUCAGUUCAGCCUAUAACGUUCCUUGUGCUUUGUAACAACUAAAGUAAAGGAGUAGUUGCAUUCACUUAUCUACAUAGUAGCAUGAUAACAACCACCAAAAAGGUUAUAACUUAAAAUAAUUCCCGUAAUCUUCAACAAGUUUCCGGAAGCUUAGAAGUUGGUCGAGUGGUUACGGCUGCUCUUUACGUAGGUUGUCGACCCCUGGCAUGUGUAGGAAGGAAGGGGCAUGGUCAGGGGUCUGCUGUGCACGACAGUACGCUUGGAUCUGCUAUUACUUCCUGUCAUCGGGGCCUACUGAAAACUUUGCGCAGCCGAAAGUUCGAUGCUGACGAGUGUUGAGCUUUUACGCUGUAUUUUUUUUUGGUCU